AUGAACUGCUCCUUCCUCAUCAAGGCAGCGCCGGUCGCCGUGAUCGUGGCCUUCCUGGCGGCCACGGUGGGCGCAUCCUCGUUCGUCUCCGUCGCGCCUCUCCCCUCCGACCUCCUCUCGUCCCCUCCCUUCCUAUGGAUCGCCGCCAACGUCAUCAUCAUCUGGCUCGUCACCUCCAAUCGCCACCACAAAACCGCCGGCACGGCCGUAGCCGCAGCCAUGGACAACCUCUUUCCAUCGUCCGAACAUGACGUCUUUGCUGCGGCUCUUGACGCCGUCGUCGCGCCGGUCCUGGACUCGGUGAGGCAGCCGCGGGAAGCAAGAACGGCCAAGAGGCCGGCCGACCGCCCCCGCGUCCGCAAGAAGUCGGCCGACGAGGCAAAGCCGCCAGCAGCCGUCGUGGCGGAGGCCAAGCCCAUGCCCAUCUUCAAGAAGGAACGCAGCGAGGAAGAGAAGCCGACAGCCGCCACCGCCACCGCUGCCAAGCCCGACGACGCCGAGGACGUAUCGAUGGACUCCGCGUGGCAGUCCAUCGUGCGGAGCGGUGUGGCGCGACCGGUGGUGGUGCCGAAGAGCGAGACAUGGGGCGGCGAAGAGCUGCCAAGGAUGCGGCGCACAGCCGACAAGGCCGUCGCCGCACGGAAGGAGAUGCGGAAGUCGGCCUCGAUGGUGCCGCCGUCGCCACCGCACCCGAGCGCAGCAUCGUCGUCGUCGUCGUCUCCGAUUGCGGAGAAGCAGGGGUGGCGCACCAGGGACGUGCUGGUGAUGGCGCAUGACGAGCUCCUGCGCCGCGCCGAGAGCUUCAUCCGCAAGCAGCACGAGCACCUGCGCAUCCAGCGCCAGGAGUCCGACCAGCGCAAGGCUAUGGAGCAAGACCACCGCCCGCGUGCCCACGCGCUCAUCCGCGUGUAGCCAGCCGACGUGGCCGACACAUGACCGAAGACACUCCAUGCAUCGCCUAUGCAAGCACGGAAGACUGUACAGAAGUUAGCUAGCUAUCUACUUGCAUCGUCAAGAGACAAAAGUGCAUCGCCUUUGCAUGCCAUAGUUAGCUAAAUGGAACGAAAUACAGCAUAGGUGGAGGGGAAUCCGGCUAUGGCUGUGAACUUAAUUAGCAGAUUGAAGCAAUACGGGCGAUUAUGCACCGCAUCCUCCUUCCAUCGAUCGAUGUUUGAUUAAAUCCGCAUGUAAGAUUAUGUGUGCGUGAGGGAUCUUUACUACCAGCCAGUGCAUGUAUAUUAAUCUCUAAAUAAAUAGAGAGUAGUAACCGUUUCUUUGUU